AGGAAGUGAUACUUUGUAAGAAGUUUUCUCUCCAGUCUGUGCAGAUCGAUCGUCUCCUCCACCAUGGGGCAGAUCGAAUGGGCGAUGUGGGCCAACGAGCAGGCGCUGGCGUCCGGACUCAUUCUCCUCUCCGGCGGUAUUGUGGCGGUGGCCGGGCAGUUUAAAGGAUGGCAGUUUGGUGCUUACUCCAUAGCGGCCGGCGUGUUCAUCUCCCUCCUGGAAUACCCCAGAAGUAAGAGGAAGAAGGGCUCCACCAUAGAGAGAUGCGGGCAGAAGCACAUGACGGCGGUGGUGAAAGUAUUCGGACCCCUGACGCGCAAUUAUUAUGUUCGUGCUUUUCUGCAUGCGGGGCUGGCCGUGCCCGGAGGCUUCAUUCUGGCCACCGUCCUGGGCACCGUGUGUCUCGGCAUUGCAGCCAUCAUCUACCUUCUGGCAGCAAUUCGCGGCGAGGAAUGGCGUCCCAUCGAGAUGCGAGAAGAACCCAAGUUGAGAGUGGCGGAGACCAUAAAGCGCCCACCGCAGAACCCCCCUCCUCGCCCCCCUCCAGAAGUGCGCAGGAAACAAGUGGAUGAGGGUCACGUCAACCCCAUCGCCGUCCAGGAUGAAGUAUGACGCUUCCCCGAAAUAUUCACCCGUCCAAUGAAAGGACUCGAUACUACUGCUCAGUACUGUGAGGGCGGGCGGGUCAUGUGACCUACUGCUGCGACUACUCCACCUUUUAAGAACUAAAAAACGUCCCCCGUGGGGUGCUCCCCCCUCAGAUCUCCGGUGUGUGUGAUUGGAUGAGCAGAAGACUUAUGGCAGAAAUAAAAGACAGCGCAAAUGCCAACAGCAGCAAAUAUUUGGGGAGAAUUUUGUUCAUUUCAAGACGCAGUCAGUAUUUACAGACGUAUAAUGAGGCUUCCUAGUUACAUGUUGGUUAUGUUAAAAAUGUAUAUAACUGCAAUAAACUUUUUCUUUUCUUUUUUUUAUAUAUAUUUAUCUAAUUUCUGCAGGCAGCUAUUUCUUCCUUUUACAUGAAAAUACAAAUGUUUGUCUUUGUUAUGGCAACCAAAUACAGAUCAUAUUUUGGGGAGUAUUUGUAAAAAAAAAAAAAA